AUGGAGGCUGCCGUUAGUCUCCCGGAGGGCGGAGAGCCCGCUGGCGCCGGGGCCGGGGGCCGCGGCUCGGGGGACGCUACGCCCAUGGACGCUUAUCUGCGCAGCCUGGGCUUGUGCCGGAAACUCAUCGCCAAGGACGGCUCGUGCCUGUUCAGGGCCGUGGCGGAGCAGGUGUUGCAUUCUCAAUCUCGGCAUGUAGAAGUCAGGAUGGCCUGUAUACACUAUCUUCGAGAAAACAGAGAGAAAUUUGAAGCGUUCAUAGAGGGGUCAUUUGAAGAGUAUUUAAAACGCUUGGAAAAUCCACAGGAAUGGGUUGGACAAGUGGAAAUAAGUGCCCUUUCUCUUAUGUACAGGAAAGAUUUUGUAAUUUAUCAGGAACCAAAUGCUGCUCCUUCUCAUGUAACUGAAAAUAACUUUCCUGAAAAGGUAUUACUGUGUUUUUCAAAUGGAAAUCAUUAUGAUAUUGUCUAUCCCAUAAAGUAUAAAGACAGCUCUGCUAUGUGCCAGUCUCUCCUUUAUGAAUUGCUUUAUGAGAAGGUAUUUAAUACUGAUGUUAGCAAAAUCCUGAUGGGGCUAGAGCCCUCUGUUGAAGUAGUUGAAGAAAAUAUUGCUAACAGUGAAAUAUCAGACUCGGAGGAAGAGAGUUGCAAGGGUAAAGCUACCACAGUUAAUGAUAUGAAUGGAUUUAAGUCUCUGUCAGGCAAUCAGCAUCUGAAGAACAAUGGGAAUUCUACAUGCCUUCCUAUAUCAAGAAAAGUCCUUAAGUCACUCAACCCAACUGUCUACAGAAAUGUAGAAUAUGAAAUUUGGCUACAGUCUAAACAAGCUCAGCAAAAGCGUGAUUAUUCCAUUGCUGCUGGCUUGCAGUAUGCAGCUGGAGAUAAAUGCAGAGUGGGUUUAGAUCACAAUGGGAAGUUUCAAAAUACAGAUACUCAAGAACGUUCUGAGAAUGGACCAGUGUUUGUGGAAGACCUUGGAGUGAAACGUUCUUCCUCACUGAAGAGCCUCAAACCUCUUCAACAGGCAUCUUCUACAGAAGGUUGGAACAUGGUGUCUUCAGGAAAGAAGAUGAAAAAACCUUCUACCAGUGGACAGCAUUUUCAGCCUGAUAUAGAUUGCAGAGGGCCAAAGAAUUCAAAUAAGCCAAUAAAAACCCCAUCAACACUACCUCCUCGACUUCAGCAUGUGGGAACUCGGCAGCAUGCAUAUUCGUGUCAGUCUUCUGGGUUACAGUCUCAGUUGCCCUCAAAUGAGCACAAGACACAGAGCAGGACUUCUUCACAGAUCCUAAGAAAAGUAGAACGUGAGAGAAUGGAAGAUUCAGAUCACGUUGGCAGAGAUGGAAGUCAUUUUGGCCUUUCUCCUGAGGAGCGAAGAGAGAGAGAAGCGUUUGAGGAAUCACGUUUAUUGUAUGAAAUUCAGCACAGAGAUGAACAGGCUUUUCCAGCCCUCUCUAGCUCAUCAGUUGGGCAGGCAGCUGUUCAGACUAGUAAUACCUGUGUGCAGAGAAAACCACAUGGGAGUGAGAGAAAAGGAAGGCGAAGAAUCGAUGCCGAAGAACGAAGAGAUAAAGAUUCAAAUCCCAGGCAGAUACAUGUGGAUCAAAAACUUGAGGCAAGCACACCAGAGUUUCCAAAGAAUAUUGAAGAUGAUGAAAAAUGUCCACCAGCUUCUUCACCUUUAAAAUCGAAGAAGAUUGAGGGUCCAUCUCCUGCUGAACAAAAUCCAGCAGAGCAUGUGUUAUUGGCAAAUCCAGCUCCCCAUCAGGUUCCUUCAGAGGUGCAUCUGCCUCCCACAGUGCCUUCUUUACCAGCCACUGUGCCAGUCUGGCCAAGUGAACCAACAACUUAUGGACCAACAGGUGUUCCUGCUCAAAUUCCUGUUUUUUCAGUGACACAGACUUCUGGACCAGAUUCUACUGUGUCACAAGCUCAGUUAACACCUGCCCCUGUUACUCCUGUUCCUAUGUCAAUUCAAGCAGUUAAUCAACCUUUGAUGCCUUUGCCUCAGACAUUAAGCCUUUACCAAGACCCAUUGUACCCAGGGUUUCCUUUAAAUGAAAAGGGCGAGCAAGCCAUUGCCCCACCUCAUUCGCUCUGUCAUAAUGGGGAAGAUCUACCUAAAGAUAAAAACGUUCUACGAUUUUUCUUCAAUCUUGGUGUAAAGGCAUAUAGCUGUCCUAUGUGGGCCCCACAUUCUUACCUGUACCCUCUGCACCAGGCUUACAUAGCUGCUUGCAGGAUGUACCCAAAGGUUCAAGUUCCGGUGUAUCCUCAUAACCUUUGGUUCUCAGAAGCUCCUUCAUCACAGAGUGAAAAUGACUGCGCACGCACAGAGGCACACUUUUCUAUGCCAACUGAAGCUAAUGCUAAUGAUCGUGGGACACAGGCUGAGACUGGGUCUCCAACGUUCUCUUCACCAUUGGUUAUCCCAACGUCUCAGGUGUCGGAAAGCCAAGGACAGAUGCCUUAUCAGGGCGAUAUUGAAUCUGAGAACCCUGGACAGUUGCUUCAUGCUGACUAUGAUGAAUCAAUGGGCGGCAAGAACAUAUUUCCACAGCCAUCCUUUGGACCUAAUCCAUUUUUAGGAGCAGUCCCCAUUGCACCUCCUUUCUUUCCUCCUUUGUGGUAUGGGUAUCCAUUUCAGGGUUUUAUAGAAAAUCCAGUAAUGAGGCAAAAUGUGGUCCUGCCUCCUGAGGAGAAAGGAACACUAGAUCACCCUGUGGAAAACCCAGAUCUAUCUAAAGAAUGUAGUUCAAUUUCAGCAGCAGAUCAAUUUCAAGAAGUGAGAAGUGAAGCAACACUCCCCCUCCCUGUUGCCAGUGUAAGCAGUAAGCAUGAUGGCCAGGCUGAGCAGUCACUACCUAGGAUGCCUAAAGGGGAAAAAGCUUUUGCUACUGGUUCUGUAGAAGUGAAGGCUCAUCUUCCUCAGAUGUUAAACACAGAAAGAGAAUCUCUGCCAUUAGCUGUAGAACCUGAGCUUAUUAAAAGAACCGUAACCAAUCCUAAAGAAAGAGCAGAAAAAAUCAAAGAUUCCAAGGCCACUGAUCACUUGGCCAGCCCAAUGGCCAGUUCGGUAGACAGGGUACAGAGAGCAAGAGAAGAGAGUUCUGAGGAUGAAAAUGAAGUGUCCAGUAUUCUGAAGAGUGGUAGAUCCAAACAGUUCUACAAUCAGACAUAUGGAGGCAGAAAGUAUAAAAAUGACUGGGGCUACUCUUCUAGCAGAGGAGGGUACCAGCACUCAAGAAAUGAUGAGUCUUGGAAAGGGCAGCCCAACAGAAGUAGGGAAGAAGGUUAUCAGUAUCAUCGAAACUUUAGAGGGCGACCAUACAGGGGAGAUAGGAGAAGAUCAGGGAUGGGAGAUGGUCACAGGGGACAGCACACUUAGAAAUGGUUACUUUUGUAGACUGUCAGAAUAAAACCAUUUGCAAAAUGGAAUGGCUUAAUGUUCCCAAAGGCUUAUCUUAUUUUUUAAAGAAGGGGGAAAAAAUCCCUGAAGUUGGAAAUAGCUUCUCUCCCUAACCAAGUAACCUCAACUUGAGACUUAGGGGCAGGUGAAUUCCUGGCAUUACAUUUUUUUUCUUCAUUGAAGAGUUUGUUUGAUUUCAGUUAUUUAAGUGUCGCUUUCCCCUUCCCUUUCCCCCAUAGGAACCUAGAAAAUAAGUGUGUAAAAUAUAAAAAAAAAAUUGUUUAAUAUAAAACAUGGUAGAUUUAGUAUUGUUUUUUCCCUACUUAUACAGUUUGAGUUUAUGAUAUAAGGUGUUGAAAAUGUAUGCUUACAAUGUUUACUGAAAUGACAGAAAUAUAGUGUUUGACAUGAUUUAGAUUCUAAAAAGAUAACAUUGCACCAAAUAGAAAUGUAUAUUUUAUUAUACAAUGCCUUAGUCAUAAACUGGGCUCAAAAAUUCUCAGCCUACAACACUGUUGUCUUUGAUAUGCUUCCAACCCAAAGGCCUUUCAUCUCAAUAUCUGUCAAACUUGAAUAAUGUUUUCUCUUUAAUAUUUCAUAUAAGGCAGCCGAUUAACCUGUGUCUUAGAAAUGUUGUACAUAGUUCUUUUAAUAUUCAUAGGGUAUAUUUUUGAAUUUUAGAGUGAUUUGUUGAACUUGAGAUUGCAGGCAAGAAUAGAUAUUUGUGGAAAAAAAUAGGAAAUUCAGUGAUAUGGCUGUUCCCACCAAGAAUUCUUAGCACUGGUGUAAAUAUCAUGGUGCCUACUCGAACGAAAUGUAGAUGCUAUGCAUUUUGAAAAUAAUUCUGCACCUGUUAGAACCGCAGAAAUUUUUUAAUGCCACUUUAACACUAAUGCACUGACAGAUUCUAAAUAUUUUGUGAGAAGAGAUAUGUAAACGUGAAUUUUUUUUUUUAGCUUGACAAGUUUCUAUGGAGAGCUACUGGGUUUUUUCAUUUGUUUUUUGUUUUGUUUUUGGUUCUUCAUGCACUGUUGGUUAUGUUUAUCAUUCACCAUAUGCAUGUUCAGAUUGUUGGCUCUAUUCUAAAAAAAAAAAAAAAAAAAAGAUGACUGCGACUUCCAGUCCUUUUCUAGAGGAUGCUGCUAGAAGAUGGGUUUUGCUUUCUAUUUUAAAACCAAUUUGUUACCUUAGGUAGCAUUUGUGAAUGUGUGAUGAGAAUGUGUGUUUUUUGUUUUUUAAUUUUAACCUUUCACUGGUCCCUCCAGUAUUCCCAUUUAUCCCCUUUGCAUGUUGCACUCUGUCCUCAUUUGGAGAUUUGAUUCUGAAUAACACAGUAUUAGUCAUCUGUGUUUCUUUGUAAAAGAAAUAAAUGUAGUUUGUAUUUUAUAACUGUAUAUACCAAUGUGAAACAUACCCUUUUUUCGUGUUUAAGAGAUUAUCUACUUUUUGAUCAGGAUGCUAUGCAAAUAACAUAGUGAUUUCUCUUUGCAUGCCAUGUAUAAUGCCUAGCCAAAAAUUAAUGUAGUGGCUUUUUUUUCUUUAUUAGAAAAUACUAUAAAAACAAAUGUAAUUUAUUUGAAUUUGGUAACGUAAAAUAGAUGUGUUUUUUUUCCUCUGGUAACCUUCAGAAAAGUUCAGAUGCUAGCUGGGCUUAGUGAAUCUCUACUGUACUGUAUUAAUGGUUAUUUACCUCUGUGCUAUUUUAAUUAGCCAAAUUCUUAAGUUCUGGUACUACCAAUUUGAGUAGUGAUUAAAUUUAUUUGUUAUCUAAAAUUUUGAGAGCACUUUGAAAGGUAGCAUUUUAUUAUUGAUGGUGCUAGGUAAAAAUCUUUAAUGACUAAUUGUUUUAUGCUCCCAAAAAUGCUUUAGUGAGCUGGUGGUGAUCACAUCAGCCAUUUUGUGAGGUAGAACAGUUGCUCAAGGUAAUACUAAAGUCUUUUUCCUUUAGUGUAGUGUGUAUGGUUGAAUUAUGGAAGAAAAGUUAAAGCUAGAAAAAUCAUACCUUUAUAGCCCAUGCUUGUUAAUUGCCUACAGGUAAUCUUCAUGAAAGCCACAUUUAUAGAUAUGUUUCGAUUAUUAGGUUUAAAUAAAGCAAAAAGUUCUGAUCUCAGGAGGCAAGGAAAUGUUUUUCAUCCAGUAUUCUUCUGGAAAUGCUUAAAAAUUGGCUAUAAAAGAAUAUUGUUUGUUUCUACACAAUCACUAGCUGCCUUACAACACUUGAGUGAUAGAAUAGAUUAGGUUAUAGUUUCUGAAGGAAAUACAGAACUGUUUUCCACGCCCCAUUUUAAGAUAUAGAAUUGAAAGUGUUGAAAGAGAGUUUUUUAGGAGGUGGUACUUUGCUCAGUAACCUCUGGAAUAAAAAAACUGCUUUUAAAAAAAAACUUAUGAUUUAACUAUCCUUACAGAUGUGGAUUUUUAAAAAUUUAGGGACUUUUUUCUUAAGCUGAGGUCAAAUUAGAGUAUAAUUUCCUUCCUCCUUCACUUCAACUUAUUUUGUCUCGUAGUCACACACAAGUUUCUAUGUGUGAUGGCACAAAGUUAGAGUGGUCUUAAUGUGAGCACGUUUGUGUCUAGGGGGAUGGACUCGUUUAUACUAACAGCUGGAAAUUAUGGGACUUCUCCAUGUCAUAGAAGUCUGCAUCUUAAAGUGAAAUUAUUGAAGUACUGACCAAAGUUUACCUACUAGCUUUCAUUAAGUUAGGCAUUGUCUUUGUGAUUUGUUUUCUACCCUCAUUCCUUUUAGUAUUACAGAGCUUUCCACUGUCCUCUGCAAGUUUGUGACCUGGGGAGAAUUGGCUGUUUUUCAUUCUAGUUCUUUUCUAACCAGCAUAUUGUUGGUGUCUUAGGAAUCCUGUGUACUGCUUCUUCACAUCCACAUUGAUUCAUCUGACAUGGCAGACCCAAGCCUGUGGUUGUUAUGAACUAUGGAGUUUGCCAGACCCCAACUGUGAUAGAGCUUAUGUGGCUGAAUCUCCCUUUUCUCUUUCUCACUAGUGUGUUAGUUGCUUCUUAUGUGACUUAAGGUGGUUGUAUUAAAAUACCUAUGAACUUCUAACUUGUUUCAGACUGGUGCAAUAAAAGUUCCUUUCUAACCCUUUCUGGCUUAGAAACUUGAUCAGCCAUUUCAUAAACUAGCAAUAUUUAUUAAUGCAUCUUUUUUGUUUUGCCUUCAGCUUUUGAUAAAGUAAACUUUCUGACUUUCUCUUAGGGUACUAGGAAAAGUCCAUAAAGUGUAGCCCAAGAGUUCACGUUUGGCUAUGCUACGUUAUCUUUGUUUACUGUAUUUUGCCCCAGAUUUUAUGUCUAAAUACUACUUACUGUGUGUCUGUUUGGUUCAGUUGAAGUGAUAGAUGGUCCAUAUGUCAAUUCAGUGAACUAAGUAAUUUUGCCAGGUAACAACAGCCAUUUAUUUUUCACUAAUUGGGACAUUUUCCCGAAGAUAAAUUUUUCAGAAACACCAGUUAUAGAGUAUCCUAGAUGAGGGGUGGGUGCAUGUCUUAUUGUGGGGCAACAGCAACUUUGGGGUUGAAUUUACUUGAAUGGAAUAGAAAUUGCAUUGUUACACAACUAGAAAAAAAUCUUAUAUAUAUAUGAAAAAAUGAUAAUAGCCUUACACUGAAAAAUAAUACUUUAAGCAUGUGAAGAUGUGAUCCUUUGUGAUGUUACUUGUAUAGAAAUAUAUAUAUAUAUAUAUACACACACACACAUAUAUCUUUUGAAGUGUUGAAAGGAAAAUAGUACUUUAUAUUCUUUAUCAUAUCACUUUUUUGUAAGUGUUCAAUAUAUUCCUGUUUAUUUUUCUAUGUUCUGUUUUGUAGCCUUAAGAAGUGUUUCAAAAGUAUCUGAAUGUAUAAAAUAAUAGUAAAUGCCCUACAUGGUGUGAUGCUGCAUUGUACAUAAAACUGUGCAUAUAUUAAAUUUUGUUUGUCUCAAAAGCUUCUGGAAAUGCUUUGAUUUAGAAGUUUUAGCAGAUAGUGUAGUAGAGCAUGUCAAUACAUUGUAACAGGAAUUUGACCUGGAGGAAAGGUUUUACAGUAUUUAAAUGGUUAAAGAGAAGUAUGUGAAGAUAAAAAAACUGUAUGGUUAGAAAAAUGAUUUUAAUUUUACCUAGCUUUCUACUCAACUAAGUACAUCUCUCCCAGAGGACUUAAAAAUCAGUUGGAAAACAAAAUUUUUCUUGUCAUUUCUUUUUGCCUGUAUUUGUACUUUUUCAUGUUGGAGUUUUGUGUGUAAUAUUUUGUAAACAUAUUUUAAAAUAUAGUACUUAAGAUGACGGCACUCAUUUCACAUGUGAAAAUUGGCCCUGUGUUCACCUUCCCCUUCUUCCCCUCUGGCUCCUUAGGUUUGCUUUGGUCCCACCGACUUCUUCAGUGUUGUCAGUUUCUAUCUGCUCUUACCUUUAUUAUUCAUUGUUUCUUUUUAUCAUUAGGUUGUGCAGUGUAGCAUCUGCUUGAAGCAGAUUCAUUCAUAUGCUCAAAAGCACCACCCAGAGAAAUGGAGAAGUAAAUUGUUCAAAGUCACCUUUAAACAAUGAUCUGUAUAAGCAAAUUAUCUAUUAGAAUAGCUUAAGAUUUAAUAGGAGGGAAAAGUGAUAUUUGUCUUUGAGUAUUGAGAAUAAAUCAGCGUGGUCAUAAA